AUGGUCGAGCAUACAGAGCACGACUACCGCUCCAGCACGUCGACGGAUGAGAUCGAGUCGCGUGACGCAAAUGACCAGACCGAGCACAAUGGUGAGCCUAGCACAUCGCUAGCGAAGCAGAGCACCGCGGCCUCGGGGCUCUCGGUGUUCGAGCAACGCGCGCAAUCGGUUGUUUCGCGUAUUCGCAGCCGAGACCCCGGCCAGACGGCGAAAUUUACACAUCCGCUGUUGCACACGAGGACGAGCCCGGAUGUGAUUGUGGAUUUCGAAGGCCCCGAUGAUCCGUAUCGGCCGUUGAAUUGGGGAUUUGGGAAGAAGGCUUUGACGACCGUUCUGUACGGGUUGACGACGAUGGGUGCGACGUGGGCUAGUUCGAUCUACUCGACGGGUCAAGAACAAAUCAGUGACGAAUUCGGUGUUUCGUUGGAGGUUUCUACACUUGGUACUUCGCUGCUGCUAUUUGGAUUGGGCUUGGGUCCCCUAGUAUGGGCACCUCUCUCAGAGGUGUUUGGUCGCAAGCCAGCUGUUCUGGCGCCAUAUUUCAUUGCAGCAAUCAUGUCGUUCGGCACUGCAACGGCCAAGGACUUGCAAACGAUCAUGUUGACCCGAUUUUUCACGGGCUUCUUCGGAUCCGCGCCCGUAACCAACACAGGCGGCGUGCUAAGUGAUAUCUGGACACCCGAGCAGCGCGGUGCUGCAAUCGUUGGUUACGCUAUGGCUGUUGUUGGCGGGCCUGUCCUGGGUCCUAUUGUUGGUGGUGCGAUUGUCCAGAGCUACCUGCACUGGCGAUGGACCGAAUACCUCACCGGCAUCAUGAUGAUGUUCUUCCUCCUUCUCGACCUCAUCUUCCUUGACGAGAGCUACCCGCCUGUUCUUCUAGUCUACAAGGCGCGCAGGCUGCGGUUCGAAAGCGGCAACUGGGCCCUUCACGCUCGCCAUGAGGAAUGGGAUGUGACGCUCAAGGAGUUGGGCCACAAGUACCUUGUGCGACCCUUUCAACUACUCGCCACACCAAUCUGCUUUCUCGUUGCCCUCUAUGCAUCCUUCGUCUAUGGUAUUCUCUAUUUGAGUCUCGCAGCUUUCCCCAUCGUCUUCCAGGAGAUCCGCGGGUGGAACCAGGUUGUCGGCGCCCUGCCUUUCCUAGCCUACCUAGUCGGUAUUUUGAUCGGCGCUGCUGUUAACUUGUCAAACCAGCGCUUUUACCUCAAGCGCUUCAGGGCAAACAACAACCGGCCUGUUCCUGAGGCACGCCUACCACCCAUGAUGCUCGGCUCGGUGCUGUUUGCAGCUGGUUUGUUCGUCUUUGGCUGGACGAGCCCCAAACACAUCCACUGGAUCGGCCCCAUCAUCGGCGCCGUCAUUAUGGGCUUUGGCUUCUUCACUAUCUUCCAAGCUGCCCUGAACUAUCUUAUCGAUACGUUCCAGAAAACCUCUGCUAGUGCCGUUGCCGCAAAUACUUUCCUACGCUCUGUGUUCGCUGGUUGCUUCCCACUCUUCACCAGCCCCAUGUUCCAUAACCUUGGCGUGCCUUGGGCGGCGAGUAUCCUGGGGUUCAUCGCGGUUACUCUCAUCCCUAUACCGUUUCUCUUCUACAUAUAUGGAAGGCGCAUUCGAGCGCGGGGGAAGUGGUCGCGUGGAUCUCUUUAG